AUGAUCAAUAUCAUCCCCCGAAUUGUGGCUCGCGAUAACAACAACAACAACGAUGGUCUUUCUGGUCCCAUGGUUGAUCUGCUGAUCGCCUUGCUGGUGCUGAUACUGAUCGCACUCGCUCUGGUUGGUGGACUUCUUCUCAUCCGCCGCAAGCGUCAAGCCCAGAAACAGUCCAUCCUCCCCUCCGACUCGGUUUUCGUGUAUGAUGAGAAGCGCAGCUUGAUGGAGAAUUCCGACAGCCCCCCACCCAGUCCAGUCCCCGAGAUUCGCAUCACUUUCCCUGAAGAGGAAGACGCGUCUGGCAAGCGUCAAUCCGGCCGGAUGGUCGUCGUACGCAUCAGCGAUGCUGGCAGCAUCGGUCUCGAACCUUGCCAUGAGGAUCUGCCCCCGUACCAAACCACCGAUACCGGUCGCUUCCAGUCCCUCGAUCUUGAACGGAUGGGUGGAUUGAAGGAGAAGGGAGAACAUUACUCCUAA